GGACCCCCGAAGAAGAAGAAGCACCGGAAGCGGAAAUACGAGCCCUUUGUUUUGAUAGAGGGAAAUUUAAAAAGUCGACGGAUAUUCCGACGUUUAAAAAACAAGCGGAAUAAAUCUCACGAAACGACGCCGCGAUGUUCCGACGUGACGCUUUUAUCCGUGAAUAGGCGCGUCACACCGACAUGAGGAGGAAGAAGGCGAGGAGGUCGCAGGACCUCGUGGACCAGGAGCAGCGCUGUGCUCUCUGCAGACUCUGUGAUGAUGACCCCGCCCUGUUAGGGGAGAAGGUCACACUCAAAGAUCACAACCUCUGUGUCCACUACUUCUGUCUGCUGACGUCCUGUGGAGUCUACCAGCGAGGAAAAGAGGACGAGGGCGUCUUCGGGUUCCUGGUGGACGACAUCAAGCAGGAAGUCCGCCGCUCGGCCCGACUGGUGUGUAGCGGCUGUAAGAAGAAGGGGGCGUGUGUUGGCUGUAGCGUGCGGCGCUGCAGGAGGACGGUCCACUUCCCUUGCGGGAGGAGGCGGGACUUCCUCUCUCAGUUCACGGGACAAUUCCCGUCGUUCUGCCCUGAUCACAGCCCCACUCAGAGCGCGUUGGGGGGUCCGGACCUCAGUCCACCUCUGUCCUGCUCCGUCUGUCUGGACCCCCUGGACCCUGUCCUCAGCUUUUCCGUCCUCAAGUGUCCGUCCUGCCACAGCAGCUGGUUCCACAGAGACUGUGUGCAGCGUCAGGCCCACAGCGCCGGCCUCUUCUUCUUCCGAUGUACUCUCUGCAGUAACCAGGAGGCCUUCCAGGAGGAGAUGCUCAGGAUGGGCAUCUACAUCCCGGAGAGAGAUGCAUCAUGGGAGUCGGAGGCCAAUGCGUAUUCGGAGCUGCUGGAGGUCUACACGCGCUGCGACGCCCUCGUCUGCCUCUGCAGCGAUGGACGGACGCACUCCGCCAAGACCGGGUGGUUCCAGGUGAUCCGCUGCCAGCUGUGUGGCUCCAGAGGGACUCACAGGAAGUGUUGGGGGCUGCAGCUGGACUCCAGAGACUGGACCUGCAGCGACUGCUCGCCGGCCUCCGACGACACGGCUUCCAGGGUCACGUCUCCUCGGGGAGGACAGAGGAGUCUCCUGUCCAAACUCCACUCGUCCCCCAUCAGCUGUAAGAGGGCGGCGUUACCGGUUGGCUCCGGGUCACCUGAGGGGAUCCUGCAGAGUCUGGGCCUUCAGCUGUGUCCCCUCAGCACCUGGGUGGAGGUGGACGGGGACCAGGCUCUGUCUGCGGGGGUGGAGCUAGUGAGGAGGGCCGACUUUGACCCCACCCGCACUCUGUCUGUCUGCUUCAAAGACCCCCAGAUGACUACAUUUCCCAGCAGCCUCCAGGAAGGCGACACGGCCAGGCAGCACUUCCUGAAGCUGCUGGUGCAGCAGAUCCAGGACUCGGUGGUGUUUGAGGGUCCAGAUGGGUGCAAGAACCUGGCGCUGGAUUCCCAGGCUCUGAGGGACGACCUGUACCUGGACGCGGGCUGCCUGCUGGCUCUCUCAUUGGCUCACGGCGGCCCCCCCCCGGGCUUCUUCUCCCCGGCGCUCUACCGGUGUCUCUUCAACCACCCGCCCGGGCGCCGGCUGGGCCUCAGGCACAUGACCCCCGGCACGCUGUGCACGCGCCGGGUCAGCCGGAUGGCGGAGGCGGAGUCUGUAGACGAGCUGCGGGAGGCGGCGUUGGGGAGUCACGAGCUCCUGGAGCUGGCCGGCUGCAGCCGACCAAUCAGCAGCCUGGAGGAGAAGGAGGCCCUGGUGGAAGAUCUGGUUCACUUCACCAUGGUAACCAGGAUGCAGCUUCCUCUGCAGAGGUUCCGUGAAGGUCUGCAGACCCUGGGCGUCUUUGAUCAGGUGCAGCGCUUCCCGUCGGUGUUCUACAGCGUUUUCUGUGAGGCGGAGGAUCGCCUGUCGGCUCAGACGCUCCAUCAGCUUUUCUCCGUCCACUUCUCCCAGCAGGAGGACAGGAGGAGCAGGGAGACGCCCGUCUCCUCCUUCUGGAGGCGCUUCCUGCAGGACUGUGAAGUUGGGAGGAGCUCUGUCUCCCUGAAGGACCUCCUUCGAUUCGCCACAGGAGCUGAGGAGCUCCCAGCGGCCAGCCUCCUCCCUUCUCCUUCCAUUUCCUUCCUCCAUCAGGGGGGAGGAGGAGGACAGAAGAGGAGACUCAGAAGGAGGGAGCCUUUGAAGGAGGAGGGUCUCCUCCCUGAGAGAGAGCUGGGCUCCAAACGCCUCCUCCUGCCCGUCACCUCCUCAUAUCAGGCCUUCAAAAGCUGCAUGGAGCGGGCAGUCAGCCCCCACGUGCACCUCCUCCCCCCAUCCAGCUAAAGGAGGAGCCUUGUUUAUUUCACAUCUCCGUCACUGAUGAAGAGUCAAAUGUUGUUGUUUUCAUUUAUAAAUCAUGUUUCUGAUCUUUUUUUGCUUGGAUCUCAUUUCAUGAUUUUCGGGUCGUUUUCUGGGAAGUGAAAACUUAGUUUGUAAUUUGACUAGUUGCUGUUUCCACGUAGCUGCGUCCUGAUUGGUUCUUAGAUCUUCACAAUAUGUGACGUGUAACUGUUCUCCUCUUCAAUAACUACCACUCUUUGUGUAUUAAACUCACCGAGAGCUAUUUAGGUAAAAGGCUGUAGUUUUUCUUUUUUAAAUUCCAUUACGUGUCAUUUAGCUUUAAUCCAAAGCGUCUUACGUUGCAUUAUAACCCAGCGCAUCACACUACUACACACCACCAUAUAUAUGUAAAUAUAUCAUUUUGAUUCAAUACUAAAUACCAAAAUCACUACAGCAGUUAUAAAGCUGCUGAUCAUCAGUUUAUGGAUUCUACAUUUACUUUUCUGUCCUUUUUUUCAUGAACUUGUUUUCUGUGUUUUGAGUUUGCUGCAAAUUUUUAUUAUUUUUCCCUUUUUGUUUAUAGUCGAUAAAACAUACAGAAAAAAACCUAUGUUGUUUUCAUUUAUUUAUUGAUUUCACAACUGAACUCACUUUGGCCAUGAAAAUACAAAAAAAUAUAUAGUGUGCAUGAAAAUAAUGUGUAAUUAUCUGAUAAUAUAUUUUAUUCAUAUAUGCAGUUUUCUAAUCAAAGUAAUACAAUUUGCUUUAUUGUUUUGGUGCAUAACAAAAAAAUAAAAAGUAGGAGAUUCAAAAUCUACUAAAAAGUAAUUUAAUACAUUUGAGGAAAAUGUUUACAGGUUUCCUUCCUGUGAAAAACUCCACUAGUAAAAUGCAAAUCGACACCACAGAGGGACAAAUGUUAUAUUUAUAAUUUAUUAUUGUUGAUGCAAUGUUCUAGUAGCAUUUAGACCUUUAUUCAGACUACCCUUUUUUACCAUUUAUUGUC